CAGAGAGGGAGAUAGAGAAAUAAAAUAGUGCCCUGCAGACUGAUAGACACAAUGGUAGUGACAGCAGUGGUGGCUUGCCGUUGAUGCUCUCCCCUUGCUGCAUGUGGCCUUUGAACUCAUUGUUGUGUCGCGGAUGACGUCAGUGCCGUGUGCUGGAGACGGAGCGGCGUGCGCCUGGCGAGACAAAGGCGGCGGACCGACUGGGGUCAGGCAGCAGCAGUAGAAGCAGAGAGCUGAGAACCAAUGUGUGUUUUUUUUUUAACUGAAAACUGCUAACCUUGGAUUUGAGCGGCGGUCUCCCUGAAGGUACGCAGAAUGAAGACCCAGUGACACUCCCAGGAAUAUGCUUUGACUCUCAAGAAAGAGACAAAAACAACAGAGCUCUCUUUUCGUUUUUAAACGUUUUUCUCCUACGCCCCCCAUUUAGCGUGCUACUAGUUAGCUAACCUGCUAGCUCUCUAGCGUUGCACAGCGCACAGUACUCCUCCUGGCUGCUUCUCAUCUUUCCCUCAAAAAUUGGGCGACAAACGAAGACAGGAUCUCGUCGACAAAGACAAGAUAAAAAGAGGGUGAGCUCACUCCCAACAAACAGGCAUCCGUGAUCUGAUGUGAGAUCCACGGAGAGACAAUGCCUAGCCCUUUAUUCCACCCCGAGAUUAUGGACCACGACGUGGUGAUCAGCAGCCAGCACAACGGGGUCGGUCUGCCCCGAGAGACAGACCAGGAGUCCCGGGAAGAGGACCACCAUGAUGCGCUCCGCUUCGCCCUGGACCAGCUGUCACUCAUGGCUCUGGAGAAGGUGGACUGUGGUAGCGGAGGCGGCGGGCUGGUCGACACGCUGGAUGGGACCCAGGGUCCGGGCUCCGAGGGCUGCAACGGUGUGGGCGGAGGAGGCUACGUGGAUCUACAGAUGCUGGAGCAUCCAAACGGGUCCCGGGACUCGCCGACGUCCUGCUCUCCAUCCCCGGAGUACUACGGCUCGGGCGGGUACCACAUGGCCAGCUCGCACUCCAUGCUCCACGGGGAACAAAGCUCCGUCCUCUGCAGCAGGAAAAGAAGUGUCAACAUGACGGAAUGUGUACCUGUCCCCAGCUCUGAACAUGUGGCUGAAAUAGUGGGGAGACAAGGUUGUAAGAUUAAGGCCUUGCGUGCCAAAACAAACACCUAUAUAAAGACUCCAGUCAGAGGCGAGGAGCCAGUGUUCAUCGUGACGGGACGCAGGGAGGAUGUCGAGAUGGCCAAGCGGGAAAUCGUCUCUGCAGCUGAGCAUUUUUCUAUGAUCCGGGCGUCCCGCUGCAAAGCUGGAGGGCCCGGAGGAGGAGGAGGAGGAGGAGGAGGCGCCAGCUCUCUUCCUGGACCACCACACUUACCUGGACAGACCACCAUACAGGUGAGGGUGCCCUACAGAGUAGUCGGUUUAGUAGUUGGACCAAAGGGAGCAACUAUCAAGCGCAUCCAGCAGCAGACUCACACCUACAUCGUGACACCCAGUCGAGAGAAAGACCCGGUGUUCGAGGUGACCGGCAUGCCGGAGAACGUGGACCGAGCGAGAGAGGAGAUCGAGACCCACAUCACCCUGCGAACUGGAACCUUUGUAGACCUGCAGGGAGACAACGACUUCCACUCCAACGGCACCGAUGUCAGUCUGGAAGGCCUGGGCGCCCUGAGCGGAGGGCUGGGGUCGUCUCUGUGGUCCAGGGCUACUGGCCACCAUUCGGUCCCCCCUCCUCCUCCUCCACCCUCCCCACCUCCUCCUCCCCUCCCCAUGUCCAUGCACCACUCCUCUGGCCGGAAGAUGUCCUCCUCAGUAGCCUAUCACACACACAACGGCGGGAUGACCUCAGACAACUUCAGCACCUCUCGCAAGGCCAACGAGGGAGGCAGCCCCACCAGCCCUUUUAGCACAGGCUCUAGCAGCGCUGGAGGAGGGUUUACUUUCGGGGGCGACUCCACCCCAGGGCUGCCCUCCUCGGAUGAGCUGGGCUUUGAGUUCACUGCUGCCAACAUCUGGGCACCUUUCGUCAACGGGGGGGCGGGCAAUAAGACGGCCGGCUCUUCCCAGCAGCAGCAGCCUCUACGUCGCAACAGCAGCGGCCUCAGCGGUGGCGCCAUCACUCCAAGAUUGUCUCCAACUCUGCCUCAGGACGCGGGCGUGGGCCCCCUGGAUCAUCCAUUAGCCCGUCGUGCGCAGAGCGACCCCCUCAGCACUCUCUCCUGGCUACAGUCUGGCAGCGCCGGAGGCGGCUCCUUCUCCGGAGCGUCCAGCUCCAGCUCCGGCGGCUCGUCGACCGGUUACUCCUCCUGCUCGGCCUCCUCCCUGCCCGGCGGCUCACCCACUGACUCCGAGGGAGGCAGCGGCGGCAUGGUCCUCAGCUCUGGGAUGCUGAGUCGGCUGAAAGGCGGCUCCGUCUCCGGGGUCGCGGGUCUGGUCGGCGUCAGCCCCGGGAUCAACAGGGACUGCUUUGUGUGUUUCGAGAGCGAGGUGACGGCAGCCCUGGUGCCUUGUGGCCACAACCUGUUCUGCAUGGAGUGCGCCGGGCAAAUCUGCCAGUCAGCUGAGCCCGAGUGUCCCGUCUGCCACACCCCCGCCACACAGUGCAUCCGCAUCUUUUCCUAAUGCCUGGGGGGGGUGGGGGCAGGCACCAGCUGUGGCGGAGGCAAUGGAAGGAUUCACACUAAUAACUCUCACACACAUGAUGGACCAUAAUAAAUGCAUAAUAGAGAUGAUGAUACUAUACGGAUGUUGAUUUAUUGCUGAUAACUGUCAAGAUUAAUAAUCUACAAUAAUAAUAAUAAUAAUAAUAAUGACCUGAGUUAUUUUCAGAGGGAAGUUAAUUGAAACUGGUCUGCAGACAGUUGUUGCUCAGACAGUCUCUCGGUGGUGAACUUCUGGAAGGAAACUAGUGUCUUAUCUCUCUUCAGGCCUUCAUUUUGACCGGCAGCAGCCUGCACUGCUGCCGGUCCGUCUCGACAUUUCUUCAUUCUGGCUUCUUCAGAUCUCUGCCUGCUUUCUCUCUCACAGCCUUUCGUUUUGACACUUUUGUACUUAACAGAUAUUUUUUGAUGAAGCUGUCAAUGAGGCCUGCACUUUUCUACUCCUUAUUUUAAUGUUCUAGACAGGACACGAAACCGUUCCAACAAACCCCUAUGCUUUCUCCUCUUGAGCUCACUCAUGCUGUUGUUUGACAUGAAGCGGCGGGGUUGCUAUUUUUCUGUACGCUCGGAACUUUUUUAAAUGUCCGCAUUUGGUCAGGCGCCUAUCGGAAAACAAUAGAGCCGAGGGGACCUCCUAAGGAUGACUUCAUGUUUCUCAUUGCCACACAUUGUUUUGCCAUCAGUAAUGACAAAAGAAUGCUAUUAAUCGACACCUCUUACUUCCUGAUCGAAUUCAAUAACACGAUGGAUGAAUUUGGACGCUCCACAUUUGAAUUGUGGCUGCCGCAUUGGUUCACAUUAAUUCUCCUUUUAAUAAGUGGGAAACAUACCAUUAGUGAUACUGUAGGAAUGUGUCUGAGGUCAGUUCUCUGUACGUUUGGGCUGCCUGACAAUCCCUUUACAUCUCUCUAUUGCGCGUCUGUGUAUGUAUGUGUGUGUGUGUGUGUGUGUGUGUGUGUGUGUGUGUGUGUGUGUGAAUAAUGCCCGCUCAUGCUGUUUCCAUGUUGGCAUCAUUAUGUGCCCUCACCAUGAGAAGGCCUGGUUUCUGUCUGCUGCCCCUCUCCUUCAUCCCGCUCAUCGUCCUACAGGAGGACUUUGCGCAGAUCCAUCCACACCAGGACCUUUUCCUCCUCACGUCCUGUCUGUUACACUCAGAUCGGCUCGUUUUAGCAUUUUCUACUAGUUUUUGACUCUUGACUGUCAAGUGUGUGGCUCGCAGACAUAUUUUGAACUAUAGGAUAAGAUAGGGCUUUUCUGAUGUCACAUGUGAAUGUUUUGUCCAAUAAGGUUACGGAGAGACAGCUGCUCCUCCCAUAUGAAACAAUAACAAGGGGCUCGAUUGAACCUUUUUUUUUUUUUUUUUUCAUGCACUGAUUACUCCCGGCCCCUCUAAAAUGGAAGACAAAAAAGAAGAAGAAAGAAACGCCUCUUACUGUUUUUGUUUUGGUAGUUUUGGUCUUCCACCCCACUCUCACAGCCAAGCUGUAUGGCACUCUCUCAGAUGACACGCCGUCAUACCCAUAUAGCGCUGUACUCCUGGCCAAAUGUGGUGCACUAUAUGGUUAGUUGUUGUUGAGAUUUGUCCUAUGUUUUCAUAGCAUUACUGAGUAACUCCUGAUAAGGCGGUUGCAUCCCAUUUUGUGUUUCGUGGUUUUUAAAGAAUUCAGUGUGAGUUUGCAGUAACUGCCUCCUAUAGUGUUAAUACUGUACGUAUGAUUUGGGUGAUGUCGGUGCGAUGGUACACGGUUGCCGUUGGUGGACCUUUUUUUUUUUUUUUUUUUUUUUUUUUUUAAAUGCAUGGAAUCAGCUCAUAGAAUGAGACAAGCCAUGACAAUAGAAUUAAAAAUGACACACUUAAUUCCCAAGGGCUUCCUCUGACUGCACAGACACAUGAUCACAUUUUUCAGGCUCACACGCGGUAGGUAGAACUUCUUUUAUGGCAGCUAGUAGCUAGGUCAUCCAGGGCUUCCAGACACUCCUUGUGUUCAAAUCCCAGCAGCUGCAGAAUGUUUUGCUUGUUUUUUAAAUUAUAUUUUCUAACUGUCCCUACACAGUCAUCACAUUCGGAUCCUGCCAGUAGAGCGUAGGGCAUUGCAGUCACAGUGUGUCCUCCUCUCUGGACGAAGUCUCAGAUCAGGACGGGUUGUAGGGUUUUAAUAUCAAGGGGGGGAAAAAGGGCAACUACUUGAGGAAAUUAUUGCCGAGGAUGGGCAGUUGCUGCUGUGCUUUGGUGCUCCAGCCAGUAUGAUGUGAAAAUUAUUUGCUGUCUGUUUGUUUGCUACUUUUAGGUGAAGAGGGCAGCAGCUGCACAGAGGAAUCUAAUAAGCCGCUGUCCUGGUUGAGCGCAGCAGUGCACUAAUUCAUGUGUCACACACGAGUAGGAAAAAUCUGCCCAGGAGCUGAACCGGUAGUCUUUGUGAAGACUUUCCCAUGGUGCUUUGGUGCAACUCCCUACUGAAACAUGGCGAUGAACAAACCCAGUUGGUAGCGAGAGGCCUCUUUAGUUCUCAGACUAAACUUCUGCAGGGCACUGUACAGGCCUGACAACCGCGUUCGCAUUUUCGUCGAAACUGGCAACCCACCAUUUUGUCUCUUACUCGUGCACACUGGGAACAGAUGCAGGGCUGUGAACAUGUACCGAAAGAACAGCUCUGUCAUGUAAGUCUGUUGAGGCCAGUCUUAAAGCCCUUCUUCAAACUGUCCAAGUCGAUGUGUUGAAGGAAUUAAACAUGUUGUAUUUACCAGAUGGGUCUCAUGUAAACUCUGGUGUUGCACUGGGAUGUUUCUGGCCAAUGAGAGAAUGUUAGGGUUUAAUGUACAGUAGUUUAAUUGUUAAAAAGGUACAAAGUUUUUCCGAUUGACUGCUGACUUUUUUUUUUUUUUUUUUUUUAGCCAAACUUAUCCCUUCCCCCGAUUUCCUUCCUGAAGGUUUGAAAACAGGGUUUCCUGAGGCAUGCUAGCCAGUGACCUCUGGCUUUUUUUGUGAUUAGAUGGGGGGGGGGGUGAGAAGAGAGCCACGCCAGUAAGGGGUGACGGACACCCCUCAAACCGCCGCUCUCCUAUUUUUUGCUUUAAAUCUCUUUGUAUGCAGAACCAAAAUGUAAACUGUUGGCAAACUAGGUUUCAGGCCUGACCUGAGUGUGUAUAUACCCUGAAUACAAUCAUUGGGAUCUUGUUUUCAAAAGCGAAAUUACUUAUUUAAGAUAAGUGUAGUUUCUAAAGAACAUGUAUCAUUAUUUGUAAGUUAACCAUCUGCAUGUCUUUAAGCCACCUGGCAUUAGCUAAUAAUUUUUAAGAU